AUGGUCGGAGACCAGGAUACUUCAAAUACAAUUAACCCUAGUUUGGACACAACUAGUCCACUCUACGUGCACCCGUCUGAGAGUGCUGGAACAGUGCUAGUACCGAAUAAAGUCGGAUUCAUCACCGGAAAAUAUAAGAAGCCGAGCUCCGAUGAUGCGAACUUUGACCAGUGGGCUCGAUGCGAUGACAUGGUGACGUCGUGGAUUCUUAAAUCGCUCUCAAAAGACUUGGAAGAUAGUUUGCAAUACGUCAAUGAUGCCAAGGAGUUAUUGCAGGAAUUGGAGGAUCGAUACGAUCAAACCAACGGGGCAAAACUCUAUCAGCUUCAAAAAGAGAUAAAUGACCUUAGUCAAGGUGCUCUAGAUAUCACAGGUUGUGGAGCCAAGGCAAAGAUGCACAUAGCUGAACAGGAUCGCAGGCUCAUUCAGUUCCUAAUGGGACUUAAUGAAGUUUAUACAGUUGUGAGGGGUAGCAUCUUGAUGAUGAAUCCAUUACCUAGCAUUGCACAAGCCUUUUCCAUCUUAAUCCAAGAGGAGAAGCAAAGAGAAGUCAGGCCGAUUAACCAACUGGCCAUGGAAUCUGCAUCACUCAAUGUCAAUGGACCUGGUCAGAAUACAUUCAGAACCAACUAUGCUCCACAUAGACAUGGUACAGGGAACAAUUCAUUCAGAGGAAAUGGAAAUCACACAAACAAUAAGUCAAGACUUUCUGUGGUUAUUGCAAGAAGCCAGGACACACAAGGGAAACCUGUUAUAGGAUACAUGGAUUUCCAUAAGACUUCAAGUUCACUAAGGGCAGAAAUGCAGGGUCUGCUGCAAAUGUUCACGGAGGCUGUGAAGAGUCUUUUGGUGGAAGUGUUGAAGGACCAGAAAACAAUCCAAACCAAUGUGUGCCAGGGGAAAAUCCAAACAACAUUGCUUGUGGAGUUGCCAAUUUUGCAGGCCCCUUCAAUGAAGAGGCCUCUUGAAAUUGGUAAGGCAAGAAGUGGUCUAUACUUCCUCUGCUCAGUGUGCCUCAGUCAUGAGUCCAAGUCAAAUUUCAUUUCUGCUUUCAACUUUGAUGUUUUCAAGCACUUUAGUUCAUGCCUUCCUACAUCUCUAAAUACUACAAGUAGAACUGAGAGUCAUCCCCUUCAUUCAUCUACAUUUGCAGAUAAAUCAUCAUGUCCACCUAAUGCUGUAAAUAUGCUCCAUUCAAUAAAUAAGGCAAACUCUUCUACUGUUAAUUCCAUUUCAAUGUCUUCUAUUAUGUCUCAUGGAAAUGCUGUUGAUCAUUUGUGUCACAAUAGGCUAGGACAUAUCCUCAAAGCCUUCAUUUCCAUGAUAGAAUAUCAGUUCAAAACCACAGUCAAAAUCAUCAGGUCUGACAGUGGCCCAGAAUUGCCCUCCAUAGCUCUUAAAAACAAAAGCCCUUUUGAAAUUCGAUAUGACAGUAAACCAAAUUAUUCACAUCUUAGGAGUUUUGGCUGCCUCGGUUAUCCCACUACCUUGAAAAGUCAUAAGGAUAAGUUUGAACCAAGAUCCACACCUCAUGUGUUCAUAGGAUAUCCCUUUGGGACAAAGGGGUACAAGGUCCUAGACUUGGCCACUAAGAGGAUACAUGUUUCCAGGGAUGUCCAGUUUUAUGAAAACAUAUUUCCCUUUGCCACUAAUUCUGAGCCAAGUCCUUCUAGCUUCCCUAGCUCAUUUUCAAAUUCCACUCCUACAUUUGUUGACUCUGAUCCUUGUAGUUUGAGAAAUAGUCAUUUAUCUGAUAGGAAUGCACACCCUUUUGAUUCUGUCACCACUGACUCACCUAACAGUUCACCUAUCCUUACCACUUCACCUUUUGAAAACCAAAUCACUACAAAUCAGGAUACUACUUCACUUGAAAGGCAUGCACAACAACAGAAUGAUGUUUCCACCCUCACUAACCAAUCAAAUCUUCCACAUUUGAGAAGAUCCUCUAGAACUCAUACAACUCCCUGA